GGUAUCCAAUUCAAGAUGGCGUCCUCAGUCGAGCACCUGCGACAAACUGGAGGAAAUCAGGCAAAUGUUCAACAUCCGCAGAAUGCAGCAGCACAACAACCUGCCAAUCAGGCAGAAUGUGACCCUAUCUACAGAUUCAAGUUACUCUUACCCAGAUUGAAAGAAUCUUUGGUAAAUUUAAUGAAAAUUGCCGGCACCUGUCUUCAUCACAACUCACAACAGCUUGAGGAUAGCAUGUCAAGUGUUGAGAGCCAACUCCAGAAAUUUGAAAAAUCAUUGGAAGAAUUCUAUUCAAUGUGUGAUCAAGUUGAAAUUAGUUUGAGACUUGCACUGGAGGGUAGUCAGUUGAAUGCAGAUACAGUAAAAUUUAUCCCUGCCUGUGUUAACAUCCCCAAUGAGAAAGGGGAGCUGCCAUCGACACAGAGGAUAAUGCAAUACCCACAGUAUCAGGCCAUUGUUAGACAACAGAUCCACAGUGCUAAAGAACUUCAUGACUUGUUAUUACAAUAUGCUCAGAAAAUAAGUUCAAAGACAUGAGAGAGAAAGUGAGCAAGAGAGAGAGAGAGAGAGAAAGAGAGAGAGAGAGAGAUUUUGAAGUUUAUUCUUUGUAUGUGAAUUAUGCUAUUGAA